AUGGCUUUUUAUCCUCUUCAGAUUGCUGGACUGGUUCUUGGGUUCUUCGGUUUGCUUGGGACGGUUGGCACAACACUUCUGCCUCAGUGGAGAGUAUCGGCUUUCAUCGGCAGCAACAUUAUUAUCUUUGAGAGGAUCUGGGAAGGGCUUUGGAUGAACUGCAUCCAGCAAGCCAUGGUCACGCUGCAGUGCAAAUUCUACAACUCCAUAUUGGCUCUCCCACCAGUCCUGGAAGCAGCGCGCGCACUCAUGUGUGUGGCUGCAGCUCUUUCCUUGAUUGCUCUCAUUAUUGGCAUCUGUGGCAUGAAGCAGAUUCAGUGCACCGGCUCCAGUGAGAGGGUCAAAGCCUACUUGCUGGGAACCUCAGGAGUACUCUUCAUUCUCACUGGUAUCUUCGUUCUGAUUCCAGUGUCCUGGACCGCCAAUAUCAUCAUCAGAGAUUUCUACGACCCAACCGUCCACGCUGGGCAGAAGCGAGAGCUUGGAGGAGCUCUUUUCCUUGGCUGGGCGACCGCCGCUGUCCUCUUCAUUGGAGGAGGGCUGCUCUGUGGUUACUGCUGCUGCAACAGAAAGAAACAGUGGUACAGAUACCCAGUUCCCGCAUGCCGUGUGCCACAAAAAGAUAACCAAAGGAGGGUGACAGUGCCUAGCAAAACUUCCACCAGCUAUGUCUAA